AUGCAACUCGUCACUGAAUGGCCCGCAGCGCCCCCUGGGAGCGCGGACGACGCCAGACCCCCGUCCCCGCCGACGGACGUCAGGCAACGCAAGCUAGAACGACAGCGCCAGCUUCUGGAGGAGAAGCAGCGCCACAAGCGUCAGUCGCAGGGACUUCUGCUGGCGUCGGACGCCCGACCGGCGUCCAGCCACGUCCGCAACCGGAAGCCACGUAGGGACGAGGCCAGGCCCCUCAUGGCUGGACUCAGCAUCGAGAGGCCCGUCCAGGACGUGGUCACCUGCUACGACGGCCCGAUGCUGUUCAGCAGCUCGGACAAUCCUGACGCGCCUGGCGACGACGUUGUCACCCAGGUGAUCGACGAGGACAUGGACGGAGGAAACCCUAUGGCCAUCGCUCGCAACAACAGCCCCGUGCCCCCGUCUCCUGAGGUGCGUGCCAAGAUGAGUAAGAUGGAGCUGAGCGAAGAGGUGACGAGCCUCGACGGAGACGAGGACCUGGAGAGCACGCCAGUCACCUCACCGGUGCUGGACACUCCCUCAGACCCCGGAGACAGGGACGCCAGGGUGGAGGACCUGAGCGGCCUGGACCACUCGACAUCCAAGCAGACGCCGCAGCCCAUCGCGGUGCCCAUCAUGGACCUCGGACCGCUUGCCCAGCUGCUAGACAAGGGCAGCAUGGAGGAGUUCGCCACCACGCCGUGUCCGCGAGGAACAACGGUCCGCUGCAGGAUCACCCGAGACAAGAAGGGCGUGGACCGAGGACUCUACCCGACCUACUUCCUGCACCUUGAGAAGGAGGACAACAGGAAGGUGUUCUUGCUGGCGGCGCGAAAGCGGAAGAAGAGCGCCACCUCCAAUUACCUCAUUUCGGUGGACCCGACAGACCUGUCCCGGGCGGGACAGUCCUUCGUGGGAAAGCUCCGCUCAAACCUAUUGGGCACCGCCUUCACCGUCUACGACGCCGGCGAGAACCCCAAGAAGAACCCCGGGUCGGCGAGGUCCGAGGUGGCCGCCAUUAUCUACGAAACCAACGUCCUUGGCUUCAAAGGCCCCCGCAAGAUGACCGUGGUGCUGCCCGCCAUGACCGAGGACCACAAGAGGGCAGAGCUUAAGCCCGGCUAUGAGCACGAUACUCUGAUCGAGCGCUGGAAGAAUCGCAACCUAGACAACCUCCUGGAACUGAGGAACAAGACACCCGUCUGGAACGAGGAUACGCAGUCGUACGUGCUCAACUUCCACGGCCGAGUGACCCAAGCGUCUGUAAAGAACUUCCAGAUCGUUCACGAGAAUGAUGCGGACUACAUCGUGAUGCAGUUCGGCCGAGUGACCGAGGAGUGCUUCAGCAUGGACUUCUGCUACCCGCUGUGCGCCCUGCAAGCGUUCGCGAUAGCGCUCUCGAGCUUCGACAGCAAGCUGGCCUGCGAGUGAGCCUGUUCCCACUGCUGCCGUGACCGGCCGACGACGUGUUGGGAUCCCGGACUCUGAACCUUCGAGCGAAAACCAUCGGAGGCCCGGAGCUCCACCAGUACCAGAAAGACUACGUGCACUAGCGCCUCAAGUUGGACGGUGUCCUUCGUCGUGUCUUCGUGACCACAGGCGAAAAAAUACUAUAGAUGUUUGCAAACACGACCUUCUGGGCGCCGCCAUCCUGCUGCUGGCGUCUGUAGAUCGUCUGAUAGCGAGGCCAGGUUAAGUCUUGCCAACGUUACUUUUAAGAGCUCAGGGCAAGCUCUUCCCGCCUCUUUACACUUUAGCAGAGCGGACACUGAGGAGGGGGCGACCUCUUCUCGAGUAUUCGCUCUGCUAAAGUGAAGAAAGCUUUAAGGAGCUUACCCUGAACUUCUAACCUGUCAACCGAUAUAGAUCAACUCAGUUGCGGAAAUUCCGCGGAGGCACAAAUCCACUUCUCUCCCUCCCAA